CUGGCCGCGGUUCUGUUCUUAUUUUCAGAAGAGCAGCCUGGAGCGCAGAGAGCGCGCGCUGCGCUGGGUCUCACAGUGUCCUGCAGGGUCCUGGUCUGUGAGUAGGACCUGCUGGGUUUAUAUGAGCUCAUAUUCUGCUCCCUCCCUGCGUUUCUCUCCGGUUUUGAGUGAUAUUUUGGAAUGAGCUGCUUUCUCGCCAGCGUCGUUUUCCCUCCAGCAUGGGAACUGCCGUGUCCAGAAGGAAGAGUCUGAGAAACGAUGCCAUUUCGUCGGUGGCGGCAAAAGUUAGAGCAGCCAGAGCAUUUGGAGAGUAUCUUCACACUCAUCCUGAGAGCCGGAACGGAUCAGAUCACUUACUGUCUGACACCCUCAUUGGCCACGACUCUGAUUCCCCAGACAGCGUGUGCACUCAGAACAACAAUCACCACCACAACUACCCCUUACAGGACCCGUCCAGCAGCAGCGGCGGCGGUGCUGACCCCAGCCUGAUUAACCCCACCCUGGGCCUCCUGCAGCCUCCGCCUCUUCCUCCACCUACCUCCUCCACCUCCCUCUCCUCAACCUCCAAGAGCCGCCUGUCGCUGGAGCGCAGCUUCUCGGCCGAGGAGGAGCAGCAGAAGUGCGUGGAGUGCUCCCUGCAGCCGUCCCGGGUCUACACCAUCAGCGGCGAGAGCGCCAUGCUGACCAGCAAGGAGAGCCUGGAGCUGGAGGUGCUGAGGGGGGCGCGGGACACCGGGUCGACGUCCCAAACCUUGUGCCAACCCUCAGCCUCCUCAUCUACAUCCUCCUCACCCACCCAGCAGCAUCACCACCACCACGGAGGAGGGCCAGUAGGAGGCGUAGGUGCCGGACACCACCACGGCAACCAUCACCACAGCAACGAGCACCACGGCGGUACCAGCAAGGGUGGGCCCAACCUGCAUGGAAUCGGUGGAGGAUCCGGCAGCACUGGAGCCGGACCUUCCCAACAACAACACCAUCACCACCACCACCACCACCUCUCCCAGCCGCUCCAGAGCUCCGUCAGUGCCCACAACAUCCGUGGCUGGGGAGAAGCCAAAGAGUGUGGGCUGGCUUGUGAGUCCUGCCCCGGGGCACCGUCCAGGAGCCAGGGCUCGCUGGACCUGGAUAGCAGCACACGAGAGGCAGGCAAGCAGCCCCGGCGGCCGCUAGAGCGGAUGUGCAGUGUGGACCGGGUGACUGGGCUGGACAGAGACGACAGCCACUGGUACCCCAAAGAGAACAUGUUCAGCUUCCAGACUGCUACCACAACUAUGCAAGCGAUAUCGAAUUUCCGGAAACACCUAAGGAUGGUGGGCAGCAGAAGAAUGAAAGCUCAGACGUUUGCAGAGCGCAGGGCGAAGAGCUUCAACCGGUCCUGGAGCGACCCGACUCCAGUCAAGCAAGACUCGCUCCCCGACUCAAAAGACAGUGGUGACCUGCAGGCGUCCUGUGCCACUCUGGAAGAUGGAGGAUGUGAAGACUUGGAUUGGGAUGAGGAGAGGGAGAUGGAGAGAUUGGCAUGUGAAGGAGAUGAUUUCAUCCCUCCAAAAGUCAUGUUAAUAUCCUCCAAGGUACCCAAAGCAGAGUAUGUUCCAAACAUUAUUCGGAGAGACGAUCCUUCCAUCAUUCCCAUACUAUAUGACCAUGAGCAUGCUACAUUUGAUGAUAUAUUGGAGGAGAUCGAGAAGAGGCUUACAUCUUACCGAAGAGGCAGCAAGAUCUGGCGCAUGCUCAUCUUCUGUCAGGGCGGCCCAGGCCAUCUGUAUCUGCUGAAGAAUAAAGUGGCAACUUUUGCCAAAGUAGAGAAAGAGGAAGACAUGAGCCAAUUCUGGAAAAGGCUAAGCCGAUUUAUGAGUAAGGUGAACCCUGAGCCCAACCUGAUCCACAUCAUGGGCUGCUACGUUCUGGGGAAUCCCAAUGGAGAGAAGCUGUUCCAGAAGCUGAAGAACCUGAUGAGGCCUUAUUCGGUCACCUUUGAGUCACCACUGGAGCUGUCCGCACAGGGGAAGGAAAUGAUCGAGAUGUACUUUGACUUCCGUCUCUACCGGCUGUGGAAGACGCGGCAGCACUCCAAACUGCUGGACUAUGAGGAUCUGUUGUGACCCAGAGCAGCUCAGCAUCCCUCUGAGAACCAACCCAUCCCACCAGCUCUCAUUAAGGAGGACAGGAACUGGAGGUACAGGAGGAGGAUGAGGUACUGCAGACUGUGUGAGUUAGCCAUCAUGUAUUUCCACCUCUCUCCACUCGAGAACUUGAGCCAUUCUAGUGGGACACAGACUCUCAGCGGAGCGCAUGUACCGGAGUGGACGCGUGCCAAGGACGACGUUUCCUGUCUGAAUAAGCAAAAAAAAAGAUGGACGACAAGAGCGUGUGAAAAUCUGUCUUCUGCGGAGAUGCAGACAAAUGGAGGAGGACUGUUCUGUUUUUCUAUGUAUAGUAUAUCUAUUUCACUACGCUCUCACUACGAGACAAGCGUGCUUCAGACAGCAGAAGUCUUGUGUCUACGAUCAGGCUGACUUUCGAACCUUUUUCGAAAGUACAACGUAGACAUGAGAAGAAAUAAUACCACUAAUAUAUAGAUGUACAUACAUCUCAUUAAUAUCUGGUGUAGCUAUAGUCAUGCAAAUAAUCUAAAUGUUGGUGGUACAUAAUUUAUUUUUUGAUGUUUAUCGUCGUGGUCUUUCUAAUGAACUACUUUGAAUAACUCAGGUUUUAGCCAUUAUUGAAUAUGUUCAUUAAUAAUCCUCUGUCCAGAUGUGUUUGAGAGUCCUUGUUCGGUAUUUUGUGUGAAGAAUGUAUACUCUGCCGACUUGUAACACUUUCUGAAUUCGCUGCAGAAGAUGCCAGAGAAUCCUUCUAGCCAAACUCGGAAUAUGUUUCCCUCAUUUUUUUGUAGUCCAGUCUUCUGCAUUAAAACACUUCUCUCACCAUAUAUACACUAUGUCCUCAUAUAUAAAUGCAUAUCGUUUUUAAACGAGUUUUAGUUUUAGAGCAUAAUGGAAACAAAGCCAAUAGGAGCUGAAAUCAGGGCUCUGGAGUGCUGAGGUAAAGGCCAUUCAGUCUUUGGCUACUGACCUCCAUUGGGACCUGAAGUUGCAGUAGCUUAUAGAUAUAACGUUUAUCAGGAACACUAACUCUGUCUUCAUGGGCCAGCCUAGUAAAAUAAAAAGUGCGGUGUCAGCACUUACGGGGCAGCAGUGCUGCAGGGUUUUCGAGGGAAGCGAAUGCGGAAUGCACGUAGAACCAUGUUUAAAUAUCUCACCAUCAGUCAUAUCUCAUAAUUGGUCUUGCUCAGAUGUUGGGUCAUGUUGGAAAUGAUUUCCAUGUGCAUUAAAAGCCUUUUUUUCAUUGCAUAAAGUAGCUGAGAAUGAGCCUCCACAGGGCUUUCUGUGUAUCCUGGCUGGAAAACCUGGAAUAUCGUUGGAAAUUUUUUGGAAAUAUUAGUGAGAUUCUUGAAAAGUUAAAAUGAUGCCCACUUUAUUUAGAUUUGUAAUGCUGCACUCCCGCGUGGACUAAUAUCAUCAUGUUUUAUUGUGUUUAAUAUUGUACCUGGAAUUGUAAAAUCCUGGAAUUCCAGGAAUUUAGUAAAAAAUGUGUUCUUAAAA